UGUACCGGCUCCAGCAGGAAGCUCCUCGGCCCAAGAGGAUGACCUGCCCUCAGGAGAUGGAGACCAGACCCAAAUAUUACGGCAGAGAGUUCCAUGGCAUGCUAUCGAGAGAGUGUGCAGAUGAGCUACUGGGAGGAGCAGACGGGGCUUACCUCGUCAGAGAGAGCCAGAGACAGCCAGGGACACACACCUUGGCCUUAAGGUUUGGGCACCAGACCCUGAACUACAGACUGUUCUAUGACGGGAAGCACUUUGUGGGGGAGAAGCGCUUUGAGACGGUCCAUGACCUGGUGACGGAUGGCCUCAUCACCCUGUACAUCGAGACCAAGGCAGCAGAGUACAUCGCCAAGAUGACCACCAACCCCAUCUAUGAACACCUGGGCUACACAUCCCUGCUGAAGGACAAGAUGGGGCACCGGCUGAGCCGGGGACGCACUGAACCCCGUAGGGUCACCUUCCAGAGAGAGGACAGUAAGAUCACCACUUCUCCUCUGGUACGGCACAGCACCCUGAAAGACUGCCCCUCCGAGAAGCAGAGCUCCUAUGACAAGAUCCACAACUUCAAGGUUCAUACUUUCCGAGGGCCUCACUGGUGCGAGUAUUGUGCCAACUUCAUGUGGGGCCUCAUAGCCCAAGGGGUCCACUGCUCAGACUGUGGGCUGAACGUACACAAGCAGUGUUCCAAGCUGGUGCCCAGCGACUGUCAGCCAGACCUGCGCAGGAUUAAGAAGGUGUUCAGCUGUGACCUCACUACCCUGGUCAAGGCCCACAACACCACACGGCCCAUGGUGGUGGACAUGUGUAUCAAGGAGAUAGAACUACGAGGUCUGCAGUCUGAGGGCCUCUACAGAGUGUCUGGCUUCUCAGAGCACAUUGAGGACGUGAGGCUCGCCUUUGACCGAGAUGGCGAGAAGGCAGACAUCAGUGCCAAUGUGUACAACGACAUCAACAUCAUCGCUGGAGCUCUGAAGCUCUAUCUGAGAGACCUGCCCAUUCCAGUCAUCACAUUCCACGUGUACUCCAGAUUCAUACAAGCUGCAAAAAUUCCCAACCCAGACACCAGACUGGAGGCUAUCCACGAGGGGCUGCUGCAGCUCCCGCCAGCCCACUACGAGACCCUACGCUACCUGAUGAUGCAUCUCAAGAAGGUCACCAUGUUUGAAAAGGACAAUUUCAUGAAUUCUGAGAACCUGGGGAUUGUGUUUGGUCCGACGUUAAUGCAGCCGCCUGAACAGAACGCCCUGGCCACUCUGAACGACAUGAGGCAUCAGAAACUCAUCAUACAGCUCCUGAUAGAGCAUGAAGAUGUCUUGUUUUGAAGGACUGGAGCCCUGUCUGUUGCUGGGCAGGUAGGGCUGGAGCCCUGUCUGUUGCUGGGCAGGUAGGGCUGGAGCCCUGUCUGUUGCUGGGCAGGUAGGGCUGGAGCCCUGUCUGUUGCUGGGCAGGUAGGGCUGGAGCCCUGUCUGUUGCUGGGCAGGUAGGGCUGGAGCCCUGUCUGUUGCUGGGCAGGAAGGGCUGGAGCCCUGUCUGUUGCUGGGCAGGAAGGGCUGGAGCCCUGUCUGUUGCUGGGCAGGAAGGGCUGGAGCCCUGUCUGUUGCUGGGCAGGAAUAGGAUGUUUGAUUUACUCCAUACCAGAGGAAUCUCAGGCCAUCAUGUCUGUCAUCAUAUGAAGUGGCAAAAUUCCUAAAUGUUUCUAUUGUGGUCAGAUUUGCGCUUCCAUUGCUUCUCUCCCAUAAGCAUGACUGUAUCAGUUGAAGUUGAGUCUGUGGUACGUCAGUCAGACAUCAUGUCUUGUUACAGUAAGGUCAAAGGUUGUCACAUUCUGCCAUAUUCUCCUUAAGAGGAACAAGGUAUUGGAUACGUCCCAAAUGGCACCCUAUUUUCAUUACUUCUGAACCGGCCCCAUAGGGCUCUGGUUCACAGUAGUGUGCACUAUAUAGUGAGUAGGGUGCCAUUUUAGAAAAAGCCAUUGAUUCCAGCAUUUCCACACACCUUUCAUGGCGUCAAGUAGCCUAGCGGUUAGUGUUGGGCCAGUAAACGAAGGUCGCUGGUUUGAAUACCCGAGCCGACAAGGUUAAAAAUAAGUCAAUGUGCCUUUGAGCAAGGCACUUAACCCUAAUUUGCUCCAGGGUCGCUGUACUACCAUGGCUGACCCUGUAAAACAACACAUUUCACUGCCCCUUUCCGGUGUCUGUGACAAUAAAAACACGUUUUCAUAAAUCUAGCAUCAUCACACUAACACAUUCUUCCUGGUUGAUGUCUGUCUGUAUAGUGAUUGUCUGCUCAAGUGUGUUCGUUGUGUGCUUAUUGGUUAAUGAGUCUCAUGACUCAGAGACUAUUGACUCAGUAACUGUGUGAUCCUGUAGGGUGAGAUAUGGAUGGAUGGUCUAUGUAUGAAGCACUGUGCAGAUCAAUUUAUUUUGUGAAGAUUUUUUUUUGCAAAAGUUUUCAGCAUCAUGUGCUUUUUAUCCCCUGAAGCUGAUAGGUUGUCAAGGAUCUGCGAUAUGUUCCAUUGUCAAAAUACAUCAAAACCCUAAAGGAAUUGGUAAACAGAGCAGGUUAAACUUAUAGGGAAAUGCUUAGAAACAUAUUUUGAGUGGCACUGUUGAAGUUCCAUCUGCAACUGUUUGCUGGUACUAGAAAAAUAGGCUGAGUUAUAGUAUAUGGUUUGGGUGAAAUGUGUCUGAGCCUAAAUGUUUACAGAACUUUUGAAUCAAACUUCCCAUUCUUUUAAAUUGACACAUGGAAUGGGUAAAUUAAUGAAUAUAAUAUAUAUAUUAAUAUUCAUACUUACCAUGGGGAAUACCAUGGGGUAAUAUAUAUACAUAUACACACACUGAACAAAAAUUUAAAUGCAGCAUACAACAAUUUCAACAGAAUUUACUGAGUUACAGUGCAAAUAAGGAAAUAAAUGAAUUAGGCCCUUAUCUAUGGAUUUCAUAUGACUGGGCAGGGGCGCAACCAUGGGUAGGCCUGGGAGGACAUAGGCCCACCCACUUGGGAGCCAGGCCCAGCCAAUCAGAAUUCGUUUUUUCCCCCACAAAAGGGCUUUAUUACAGACAGAAAGACUCCUCAGUUCCAUCAGCUGUCCGGGUGGCUGGUCUCAGACGAUUCCGCAGGUAAAGACGCCGGAUGUGGAGGUCCUGGGCUGGCAUGGUUACACGUGGUUGUGAGGCCGGUUGGACAUACUGCCAAAUUCUUUAAAAUUAUGCCGGCUUAUGGUACAUUCAAUUCUCUGGUGGACAUUCCUGCAGUCAGCUUGCCAAUUGCACGCUCCCUCAAAACUUGAGACAUCUGUGGCAUUGUGUUGUGACAAAACGGCACAUUUUAGAGUGAACUUUUAUUGUCCCCAGCACAAGGUGCACCCGUGUAAUGAUCAUGCUGUUUAACCAGCUUCUUGAUAUGCCACAACUGUCUGGUGGAUGGAUUAUCCUGGCAAAGGAAAAAUACUCACAGGGAUGUAAAUACAUUUGUGCACAACAUUUUAGAGAAAUUAGCUUUUUGUGCAAAUGGAACAUUUCUGGGAUCUUUUAUUUCAACUCAUGAAACAUGGGACCAACACUUUACAUGUUGCGUUUAUAUUUUUGUUCAGUAAUAGCUACUCGUAGACUGCCAAACAUCUAGUCUGGGUAAGGACUAGACCUCAUAGUGUUCUGCCACUAUUUGACACAUACUAAAGUCAGGAAACAUGAAGUCUAAAUGUUCAGCCUAUAAAACUGCCUGGAGCAGCUAUAGGUGCUGUGGAACUCACCCACUCAAAACAACGUCAUGGCGACAGAGUUUACACAUUCUCUGUUUUCCAUUAUUGAUAAUAAUUGAAAUCCUUUCUACGAAUCCAUUUUAUUAAAAGUAUUUUUGUGAUGGGUGCAAUUAAGAUUGUAAUUUAUCAAAUGCUGAUUUAUUAAAAGGAUGUAAAAUGA